AUGGCACCAAUUCCAAAAUUCCGAGACGAAAGCUCAGGGCGCAACCCCAAAGACUCAACCGAAUCGCUGAUGAGCCACCAGGAGGAUGAGGAGGAACAACACUGGCAUGACAACGAAAGUCGUCGUCGUCGCCGCUCGCGCGUGCAACGAAUCUCGGAUGCGGUGGGCCCCUGGCGUUGGCUGAUUGACGGCAUUUUAUUCUUUGCAAUCAUCGGCCUGCUGCUCGAGAGGAGAUCAAGCAUCGCACGAAGCGGGUACUGCGAGUUCGAGAGCACCGGAGACAUCACCGGGUUUGCGCCCAAGAUCUCGCAGCAGAUCAAGAAAUUCGUGCCCGACUUUAGCUACUUCCCCGAUAACGCGAGCGAGUUCUCCUCGCCGGCCACGAAGCAGAAAUGGUUGGAUUUGGUGCCGACAGGACUGGGCUACGUCAAGAUUGACCACCCGGAGAGGCACAACAACCUUCCUCACAGGCUGGUUGGGUUUAAAAACACAACGGUGUUUACGACAUCUGUGACGCAUCAGUUGCACUGCCUGCACGCAAUUGCAUCAACAUACACGAACAUGGUUACCAACAAUACUGGUUCCAACUCUAAAAUGGAUGACAUGGCGCCCUGGCAUGUGAAUCACUGCUUUGAAUACCUCCGUCAAACCAUUAUGUGCUGCGGCGACACGGCACUCGAGGGUGAGCAGACUACGUUUCCGGGUUCUGAGGAGGGCAGCGACGGCUGGGAUGCCACGCACGUCUGCAAGAACUAUGAUCAAAUCCAUUCGUAUCUAGAGUCGAACAGGGCGUUGAAUGAUGUUUGGAUUUGAUGGAAUUGAAAUUUUAUGGCAUAGCAUUGGAGUUUUUACUGGGUAUAGUUUUGUGAGGAUUACUCGUAUUAUCCUCGAGCAAGC